UGCAGUCAUAAGCCGUAUUAACGAGAAUUAAGAUAUAGUGUGGGGGUCGGAAUUAAAACAAAUACAAAAUGUUUUUCGUACUGCUGUUGCUUGCGGCCGCUUUGUUGUGCGUGCACGAGGUUGUGCGGCGACGGAGCCGAACCUGGAAACUGCUUAAACAGUAUCCCGGAGACUAUCCCCUGCCUAUUGUAGGGAACGGCUUGCAAUUGGGAUUUGAUGCAGAUGAGGCUUCGUAUAAAGUCAUGGCAUUAUGGAAGAAACACGGCAUGAAUAACUUUCGCAUGACAGUUGGACAUGAAGAGUGGGUCUUCAUUUCCAACCCUGAUGAUGUUGCGACUAUUUUGAACCAUCCGACUGAACUUGGAAAGCAAAUUGAAAGGAAUACAGCUUUUAAGCCCUUCUUCGGCAAUUCUGUAUCUACGUCUGAAGGUGAACGAUGGAAAACAACACGUAAGAUGAUGGCUCCAAGCUUCCACUUUAAGACCCUGGAGAAGAGGGUGGAGCACGUAAACAAACACUGUGACCUUUUGAUCGAGCUCCUGGAUGCGCAAUCAGCUCGCGGUGGUGACAUUAACAUGUAUCGCUAUCUGAGGCCCUACAUGUUCGAUAUUUUGUGCAGUUCCGUAAUGGGUGUAGAGUAUAACCUUCUGAAUGAUUUGGAUCAUCCCUAUUUGAAAGCAAGUGCAAAGGUUGUCAAUAUGAUCACGCAAAACUAUUUCUCGUAUUGGAGGAAUAUAAAGUUGCUGUUCAUGUUGUCACCAUUCUACAAAGAAAUGAUGGACACGAUUAGCACAAUCCGAAGCACGAGUAAAGAUAUUAUCGCGCAAAGAAAAAGGAAGCUUACGCAAAUCAUAGAAGAUACAAAGAACAAUAACAAGAACGUUGAUGUAGAUUUGGAAGAGAUGAUUGAAAGUAAAGUUGACGAUAUGUGUAUGUUGGAUAAAUUCCUAUUGAGCAAAUUCUUAAAUGGUGAACCCUUCCCAGAAGACAUGAUCAACGAAGAAAUUACUCUCGUUUGCUGGACUGGCCAUUAUACGACUACCCUGACAAUGGCACAUACACUGUACUGCCUGGCCAAGUAUCCUGAAGUACAAAAGAGAGUCCUAGAAGAACAGAAGUCCAUUUACCAAAAGGAUCUUUUCAAGAAACCCGCAAAUCAUGAGCUAACUGAAAUGAAAUAUCUAGAAGCUGUAAUUAAAGAGAGCAUCCGAGUUAUUCCAACAGUGACUAAGAUUGGACGGCAACUGAAAAAUGACUUGAAAUUCAAAGAUGGAAGAGUCGUACCCGCUGAUACUACUGUUUUAGUAUUUUACGAGGCGAUAUAUCAAGAUCCGAAGACAUUCGUAGAGCCGGAGAAAUACAAUCCAGACAGAUUCUUCAGUCCGAUGCACAACCACGCCUUUGUUCCAUUCAGCGCUGGACCUAGAAAUUGUAUCGGUUUCCGGUACGCGUGGUCCGUAAUGAAAACAACUAUAUCAAACAUUGUCCGGAGGUACGAACUCAGUCUGGGAGAGCCGGGCACAGAACCACAAUUCGCAUACAGAAUACUAACAGAAUCGAAAAAUGGUGUACACUUAAAAUUGAGGAAACGAGAAUAUUAAAUUAGAGCUUUGGAAUUUAGCAUAUUAAAUUAUUAAUGAUGAAUCAAUCAUAAUCUCAGGAUUGUAGUAUUUUCUAAUAAUUUUACAAUCCUUUUAAGAGGAUGCUCCCUAACAUAAUUUCUGGCACUGAGAGACCGGUUAGACCGGUGCUGGACGCUAACACGUCCGUAAUAAAGUUGAAUAUCGCGUCUUUGAUCGCUUUCGAGCUCGAAACUAAAUCUCGUAAGUCUCACUUCUUAUUUCGUUUAAAUAACUAAAGUAAUAAUUGAUCGAAGAUAGUUAACAUUUAUUAUAGACAUAAAGUCCAAGUAAAUCUUUAAAAAAAUUUAAUAAUCCUUAAAAAAGGCAUAAUUUUUUUAUAAAAAAUGAAUCGAGCAAAAAUGUUACAAUUACGUAACUGUAUUGUACAUGGAAUAAAAAAGACCCAAUAAAUCAUAUACUAAAGUUCCAUUUUGAUUGUAUGUGUGACUGUUUCAGAAUAUGAAUGCAAAUUCACAUAAAAUUUAGGGAGCCUCCUCUUAAAGUCAUAUUACAGAAAAGUAAUAAGAAUAUAGCCAGUAAACAAAGAUUUCUGCCGGCUAAAAUGUAUAGAUUAACAUAGGUCAUAGACGAAGGUCAUUUUAAUGUACAUAUGUGUAUAUUUUAAUCUACAUAUCGUGUAAUAAUAAAAAAAAUAUAUAUAAAUAUCGUGUCACAAUGUUUGUCCUCAAUGGACUCCUAAACCACUUAACCGAUUAUAAUAAAAUUCGCACA